AUCCAGGGCCACAUUCUGCUGCGGGCAAAGGGGUGACUUAGACUACUGAUGACAACUUGCUGCCUAUGGAAGUGUGUAAGUCUGAUUUUGGACUACUAAUAGACUUCUUUUUUGGUUACAUCAUGAUUGCAAAAUUAUGGACAUAGAUUUUAAAUGCAUGACAUUACAUCUUCCUUAUACAUGCAUUUUUUUUUUGCAUUUUUUAGAGCUCCAACCAAGUUUGAGAAAGUAUUUCCAUAAUUUCAACACCAGUCUACCACAAUGCCGAUGACUAGUUUACGUGUCCUGCCUGUGGUUGACCUCAGGUCAGCAGCUCAGUCAGCUGGACUUGCUGAGCUUGCUGUCACACUGUGCUUAAACCAGCGUAAACAACUGUGUCCUCAUGUUUGGGUCCCCAUCCUGAAGCCGCAGCGUCCCUGCAUCCGUCCUACAGCUUCACAUCAGCUAUCCCCUGACAUCUUAAACCAGGGCUUCCUCAAUCACCUCCUCCCCCGUUUCCUUGAGGACUUGAAUGAUGAUGAUGAUGAUGUUUUGAUCCCAAUCAAGAACAAACACGUUGUUUUCGCUGACUCCCAGGGAUUGUCUCUAACAGCCGUGCGAGAGUUUUCGGAUGAAGAGGAGCAGUCUGACCUCGACCUCCUGCCAUCGCUGCAGGAUUUGGGAAGCAUGACAGAGGACGGCUACAGCUGCACCGUCAGCACCUGCUGCCCGGGAACAUGCCUCAAACUGGGCUUUCCACAGCCCUCGGCAGAUUUUCAGGCCUUUCGAGCCAAGCUGGCAGAGAGCAUGGUAAUCCUGGAGAACUGCAGUGUCACAGAUCUAACCAUACAAGGAACGGUCCGAGUGAGAAACACCAGCCCCCAGAAGGAUGUCAGUGUUCGCAUCACCUUUGACUCUUGGCAGACUUACAGAGAUGUGCCCUGCACGUACCUAAAGAAACGCUUCGGAGGACCUCAGACAGACAUCUUUGAAUUCAACAUUACCAUUCCUAAAGUGCUAGAUGCCAAAAGAAAGAUAGAGUUCUGUUUAAGGUAUUUACCUGGAGGGCAGAGUGAGCCUUUUUGGGACAACAACAAUGGUCAGAAUUACAGCAUUAAUGUGUGCGUUAGCUCGCAUCUCUGUCGGGGCAACAAUCUGUAUGAGAGGGCAUAGUUCAACCUGUCUCUUUAAUAGAUCACAUCCUUUUUUGUAGUUUUUACUUUAAAUUGUUCCUUCUUGUUUGUUAAAUCAUCUCAAUAUCUGUUUUGCAUAAAAGCUUUUUAA